CGACACGUGUCCGGUGACGUGGAUGUUGCCUUGGCGCUCCCUUCUCGUUCUUCUUCUUCUUCAACCCUUCCCCUCUCUCUUUCUCUCUCCUCAAUUUCUCUCUGCAAAAACGAAACCGAACUUUUUUAUUUUCCUUCUGUUUAUAGAGAGAGAAAAAUGCAGGAGUUCUGAACUUACUACUCAGGUUUCUAUCAAGUAAUUUAAGUUUUACUUUUAGCGAACAUUUGAAGAUAGUUGAAGCAUUGAAGUUUCCCUCGCUUAUCUAAUUUCGUAUUUUCUGAAAGCCGAAGAGAAGCAGAUUUGGGAUUGGAUAAUUGAAGUUGACUAAGUUUACUCAACAAAGAAAAGUGAUAAUUGUGCUUACUGUCCAUAUUAUUUGAGGAUUUCCUCCUAUUGCUUUACCAUGGGAAACAACGAAGAGGGAAAGUCCUCUAAGCCUGAUAAAUCAGCUUCACCUGCACCAAUGGAUCAGACCAAUAUUCAUGUAUAUCCUGAUUGGGCGGCCAUGCAGGCAUAUUAUGGCCCUCGAGUUGCUCUUCCACCAUAUUACAACUCGGCAAUGGCAUCUGGUCACGCUCCCCAUCCAUACAUGUGGGGCCCACCGCAGCCUAUGAUGCCACCUUAUGGGACUCCUUAUGCGGCAGUCUACUCACAUGGAGGAGUUUAUGCGCAUCCAGCAGUUCCAAUUGGAUCACAUCCUUCUGCUCCUGGUGUUCAAUCAUCACCGGCUGUGGGGACACCUCUGAAUGUAGAAAUGCCUACAAAAUCUACAGGAAAUACAGACCGCGGUUUGAUGAAGAAGUUAAAAGGGUUUGAUGGGCUUGCAAUGUCAAUAGGCAAUGGCAACGGUAGUGGUAAUGCCGAGAGUGCUGAGGGUGGGGACCGGAGGCUUUCUCUGAGUGCGGAGACCGAGGGUUCCAGUGAUGGAAGUGAUGGGAAUACAUCCGGGGGAAGGAAAAGGAGUCGUGAGGGAACACCAACUAUUGCUGGAGAGAUGAGAAGUGAGACACCAGCCAGUUCUGCUCCUAGUGGAGAGGUGAAUGCAUAUUCUGAUAAGGUAUCAGGUGCUGCUGUGACUCCAGCUGGUUUUUCAGAAAAAUCAGUGGGAGCAGUAAAUUCGCCUCGCAUGAGUACAGCAUUGGAGCUUAGGAACCCUCCUGUUAAUGGUGCUAAGACAAAUGCUACUAACAUUCCACAACCUUAUGCAGUGCUGCCCUCUGAAGCCUGGAUACAGAAUGAUCGGGAGCUGAAACGGGAAAGGAGGAAACAAUCGAAUCGAGAAUCUGCUAGAAGGUCAAGAUUGAGGAAGCAGGCCGAGACUGAAGAACUUGCUCAUAAAGUCGAAUCCUUGACCUCUGAGAAUUUGGCAUUGAAAUCAGAAAUAAAUCAAUUGACUGAGAAAUCAGAGAAACUAAAGCAUGAAAAUGCAGCAUUACUGGAGAAGCUAAAAAAUUCAAAGCUAGGACAGGCACAGGAGACUAUUUUGAACAGAAGCAGCGAGCAGAGGGCCUCAGCUGUUAGUACGGAGAACCUGCUGUCAAGAGUUAAUACUUCUGCAUCUGUUGAUAGAAACGCUGGAGAAGAGAGCGAGCUGUAUGAGAGAAACUCGAACUCGGGGGCUAAACUGCAUCAGCUUCUGGGUGCAAGUCCUAGGGCAGAUGCUGUGGCAGCUGGCUAAUUUAGUUUAUCCGGAAGUUUCUUAUCAUAUUUAAAUUUAGAAGCAGCCUUUAUGUAGUUUUGGCAUAUUACAAGCCCAAAAUUACUUCUAACAGCUAGUAGGGGUGGAAUGGUUUGAAUAGGAUUGGCAACUCAUCUGAGACUCUCAAUCUUGUAAGUUAGCUUUUCUCAUGGCUGGACUGAUUUUGUUUUGUUUUUUUUUUUUUAAAAAAAAAAAA